CCAAAUCAAAACGCACUGGUACCUCUUCGUGGCCAUGCGUCGCCGCCGUCUACUGCAGCUGCCUCUUCGUCAGCGACUUCUCUGCUCCUCCCCCGCUCUGCAUGCCCCCGCUACAGUCUCCACGCCUGAUGCCGCUCGCUUCUAUCGUGUUUCGUCCUCGGAUGAGUCCUCCAAAGGCGGUCGUUCCAGCAACAAUAAGUCGCUGAGUCAAUUGGUGCUCGCUCUUCGCACCUUCCACUCAUUGGAGCGGCACUUCGCCGUGCCCUUCGGCUUCGUAGUGCCUAAAAGCCAUCACUGGCCAAAGGAGCUGCACCAGCUGCCGCUCGGAGUCAAGGUACAUCGCUUUAUGCAGUCACUGAGCAAGGGCUCAGCCUCUGCGCUGCAGACCAAGAAGCAGGGCGCGGAGCAGAUGCAGGAGCUUAGAGACAUGGGCUUCCCGUUGCAUUCGUGGCAAGAAUAUCAGUUUCAAGAGGUCUGUCUCCCUGCCCUCAGGACUUACCAGGAGCAGUACGGAGACCUGUUUGUCCCUCAGAAAUUUAUAGUCCCCGAGGAGGAGGACGACGAUGCCGAGCUCUGGCCUAGAGCCACGAGGGGCUACAAACUCGGACUGGCGGUGGCUAAACUCCGGAAGCAGGUGCAGCAGCAGAGACAGAGAGAGCAGCAACUCAAAGACAAGAAAAAGCAGAGCACUACGUCGUCGAGCGCGGUUUUACCCCCUCUACCCAAGAACCAGGUCGACGCACUCAAUGAACUGGGAUUCGUAUGGAGAGUGCGAGACACCAAAUGGUACCAGUUUUUCCUGCCUGGACUGCGGAAAUAUAAGGAACUACAUGGAAAUGCCGACGUUCCGCUGGCCUUUACGAUCCCGAAACAUGAGGAAGACCCGAGAUGGCCUAAGACUUUAGAAGGAUAUAUGCUGGGACGACACGUGUACAUGGUAAGAUCGGGAAAAUACGCGACGCAGGUUCGGGAUACUAGACAGGAGCUGGACGAGCUGGGUUUCUCGUUCCGACUGGUUGAUAAGGUCUGGGGUGAGAGCAUUUUCCCGGCUCUCGAGGUGUUCUCCGCUCAAUACGGACACUGCGAUGUGACGCAGGACUUUGUGGUUCCGUCGGGGGAGCCAUGGCCGAAAGAUUCUUGGGGGCUGAAGCUGGGAGAUACAGUCAAGAAUAUCCGUCGAGGAGCGUACGAUUCUCAGGUGCAGACAGCUCGUAAAGAGCUGGAUGCUCUUGGCUUUGUGUGGAAUGCACGUCACCGUGUGGAGAAGACUGUGCGCAGUGUGGUGAUCCCAGCUCUGACCACGUAUCGGAGACUGCACGGCAGUGACGCUCUUGUGACAACGGACUUCGUGGUACCUGAUCGUGACCCGAACUGGCCAGUGCUUACGCGAGGCUUCAGACUUGGUCAGUGGAUCACGCGCGUACGUUCAGGUCAGGUGGCGCUGUCGUCUAAGUUGCGUGCAGAGCUGGACAAGGUUGGCUUCGUGUGGCGCUCGAACGAUCAGCGUUGGAACGAGGUGCUGCUGCCAGCUUUCCGAGCGUAUGCCGAGCUGCACGGCGGUACGUGUGCGUCGAUGAGCACCAAGUUUUCUGUGCCUCCUGAGGUGCCGUAUCCUCGAGCUGCAUGGGGUGUGAAUCUAGGUGGCGCCUUGUGGCAUAUCCGCAAUGGCGACUCGUACGUCAACUGCGAAGACAAACAGCGAGAGCUGCGUGCUCUCGGCAUUCUGGCCGACGACGCUGUGGCAUAAAAACUGGUGCUUCCCGAUGUUGAAGCAUCAUGAAGUACUUAUCAAUUACUACAUAGUAGAGAACUCCACCUUAGACACUCUCACGAACAAUCACUCGUCGACUGCUCUGCUGGCAGUGAACUCGUGCUGCUGGAAUACUUUGACCGUCUACUUCAAGGUGGAACGCAGGGUAGCGUAGUUGGCCUGUACGAGUUGCUAAGAGUCUUUUCUGGGUGCUGAACUCGCGUCUGCGAUCGCUGUGGUGUCCGGAACAGGGAUCCAACGUAAAGCGUUCGAGUUGUCUUCCUACGAGGAUCCAGUCUCGCUCGCUGCUCUCGUUCAGACACAGUGAUAAUACACUCGAAUCAUCCGUCAACGCAACCUUGUUCGACAUCGAAACCUCCUCUUGCACGUGGAUCUGGAACGUCAUCGGCUCACUCGCAGUAGCCUCAACCGUAUCGUCAGAAAGCGUGUGUGUUGUGUCAUGUCCUCUAGGCAACACGUCGAUUCGGUAGCGUUUUCCUUCGACUUCUGCCAGUGACAACUGAAUAUUCACAGUUUUCAACCAGGCUUCGUCAUAUUUCAGCUCCAAUUGAAGCGAGCAGGAGCUGUUACGUUCCUUCUCGAAAUCUGGACUGCAAAUUAGGGUGAAUGCGAAGUGUACACAGUCGUUUGGACGCAGCUUUGUCCCUCGCAGCUUCAUAUUCGGAUCCUCCUCCACGGUAACCAACGCACUCUGCACAGGAACGUCGGUGUCUUUGUGGGAAAAUACCAUUUUGUAGUCUUGGAUCAGAACGGGGAUGCAUGGAUUGCAUGUCAGAGCGAUGGAGGCGAAGAUCCGUGCUCCAACGCGUUUAAGUCGCACCAUCUCUGUCAAUGGCUGCAGCACGCGGAAAGUUGCCUCAGCACAUCGGAUUUCUGUAGUCGUUGUUGGAGAGCUCGCACCUGUAGCUCCUCGGUGAUACCGUACACUUGCUCGAAUAGUAGCGCUAGAGACGUCAUCGUUCUCAUCGUCUGGUUCGGAGCUGCGAUCUAUUCGAUUCAUUGGAGGCACUGCGAGAUAUACGAUAUAUGACAGAGAACCUCCACGGGGUAGCGUCGGUAGAGCUACACUCAGCAUGCUGCUUGGUUCUUCGUCAGUGAUGCUAAUAUUUGAGUCACCUAGUUUUGCCCCAAUCAACUGGAUGCCACACUCUUCUUCACCGCUUUCGUUCUCCUCUUCUAGCUCCUCGUCAUUAUCGUGGAUCAUAUACCCAGUCUGGUUACUCUUACUGGUAUGUUUAAAUACACGCACUUGUAGCGUUCCGUUCGCCACCAUAUCAUCAUUCGCCUGGAUAGAGACAAGAACC